UCCUGUCUUUAACCAAGGUGUUUCUGCUCGCUUACUUUGUGCAGAGGAAUUCUUGAAUACCUGCAGCUGUCCUUCCCAUUAUCAGCCAAAGAUGCUGUUUAAUAUGAAGACCUUGCUGAGGAGUGCAGCCUUCCGACAAGGAAGCCAGCUGGCAGUUCGAAAUUUUCAAUGUGGAAAAUCAGUCCAAAGUAAUGUCCAGUUGAAAGGACGUCAUCUCUUAACUCUAAAAGAUUUUACAGGAGAAGAAAUCAAGUAUUUGCUCUGGCUAUCAGCAGAUCUGAAGUACAGAAUAAAACAGAAAGGAGAGUAUUUGCCUUUGUUACAAGGGAAAUCCCUCAGCAUGAUUUUUGAGAAAAGAAGCACAAGGACAAGAUUGUCAACAGAAACAGGAUUUGCUCUGCUUGGAGGACAUCCUUGUUUCCUGACGACCCAAGAUAUCCAUUUGGGAGUGAAUGAAAGUCUCACAGACACUGCACGGGUGCUGUCUAGUAUGACAGAUGCCAUUCUGGCUCGUGUAUAUAAACACUCUGAUUUGGACCACUUGGCCAAAGAAGCUUCAGUACCAAUAGUCAACGGAUUGUCAGAGAUGUACCAUCCUAUCCAAAUUCUGGCUGAUUACCUCACUCUCCAGGAACAUUAUGGUUAUCUGAAAGGCCUCACGCUUAGCUGGAUCGGUGAUGGGAACAAUAUUCUUCACUCCAUCAUGAUGAGUGCCGCUAAAUUUGGAAUGAAUCUGCAGGUGGCUACACCCAAGGGCUAUGAACCAGAUCCUGGUAUCACCAAACUAGCAGAGCAAUAUGCUAAAGAGCAUGGUACCAAGUUGUCUCUGACUUUUGAUCCAAUGGAAGCAGCACAAGGGAGCAACGUCUUAAUUACGGACACGUGGAUAAGCAUGGGGCAAGAGGAGGAGAAGAAUAAGCGGCUACGAGACUUUCGAGGUUACCAGAUAACAAUGAAGACGGCUGGAGUUGCUGCUUCCAACUGGACAUUUUUACACUGCUUGCCCAGAAAACCAGAAGAAGUUGAUGAUGAAGUAUUUUAUUGUCCAAGGUCACUUGUAUUUCCAGAAGCUGAAAACAGGAAAUGGACAAUCAUGGCUGUCAUGGUUUCCCUGCUGACGGAUUACUCACCACAGCUGCAGAAGCCUACAUUCUGAUGCUUCGGCUCUUUCCAAGGGGGAAAAAUAUUUUGCAGCAACAGUGUAUUCUAGUCCAUGGGGAGGUGGAGGGAGAGGAAGAAGGAGAUCAAAGAAUAGACCCAUUCCCUAAUGUAGCCAAUAGGUGGAUUGUACAAUAUUGUUUUGCCCUUAUAAUUCCAUAUAAUCCAUACAAUAUUGAA